AUGGAAAUACUCAAAUUAUUUAGUUCUAAACUAGUGUUGGUGGAGGCAGUGCUGGGCGUGUCCAUCUCUCAGGUGGGGAUCGAUGACUGUCCCCACACAGACUGCAGUCAGUCUGGAGGCUGCAGCACCGAGGUCUCGUUCAGCCAGGCCCCGGUGCCUCUCAGCUCUAGUAACACCUCUCUGGUGUCACUGGCAACCUCGACAACAGCACGAUGUGGCUGCAGAGGCCGAGAGGCCAUCCAUCUGCCCUGCUCUGCCUACCCCACCAGCCCCUGUCUUAACGGGGGCACCUGCCAGGAUGGACCACUGGGAUACAGGUGCAAGUGUCCGCCCAUGUUUGACGGCCCCGAGUGCCAGCAGACCAAACACAGCUUCAGUGGUGAAACAUUGUGA